CCGCGGCAGCCGGAUCCGCCGCUGGGUGCUGAGGGUGGGGGCAGCCCUUGGCAUCUUCCUUCUGGGCUUCCUCAUCGGUACAGUCCAGGCUGAGCGAGCUUCUUGUCUCUGCAAGAAAGUGCUGGUAGAAAACGAGUGAUGUGGCGUGUGGCAUGUGGCGCGUGAAGAGGGCAUGGCAUGCCCCGUCUAGGGAGAAAGUUCUUCCCCGGAAGCCUGCGGGAGGGGCGGGACAGGAUUCCGGCGGUGCGGGCUCAGGCCUGGAGAAAGUGAAAGUUCCUUCUGUUUUGGAGUGAGAUAAGACAGACCUUUUCUUCGCGUUUGGGGCAGGGGACGGUGCUGGUUUUGAGCUCUGGCAGCAGUGAGCUGCGCAAAAUGUUGCUGGAUCGACAGAAGUAUUGGUGGAAGAGACUAAGAUCAGGAGGCGUGGACAGCAUUUCUCAAAGAAGGCGGGAAGAUUCAUGGAGGAGAUGUCCAUGAACAGCCCUGUCGAAACGGAACCUCCAUGUAUAGAAGCAGUCAGAUUCUGAGCAAAAACAGUUGCUUCUUUGCACGGCUUGGGGGCUUCCCACAGGAAACAUCUGGCCAGCUGCUGCUGGGAAAAGAGCAUUGGGAUGGGUGAGCAAUAAACCUGCAGAGCACUUGCCAAUGGCAGGCGUUCACGAGAAGAUGAGGAAGGCCUUUAUGACGGAAAUGAAAGCCGAGAACAUCAAACGAUUUUUACACAAUUUCACUCGGGAGCCUCAUUUGGCAGGCACGCAGGCGAACUUGCACCUCGCUGAACAAAUACAAGCCCAGUGGGAGGAAUUUGGCUUGGAUUCAGUUCAGUUGGCUCCCUACGACGUUCUGCUGUCCUACCCAAAUGAAACAAAUCCCAACUACAUCUCAAUUGUUGAUGAAAAUGGGCAAGAGGUCUUCAACACCUCAUUGUCCGAGCCUCCUGCUCCAGGGUAUGAAGAUGUCGGAAAUGUUGUACCACCCUACAGUGCUUUUUCAGCCCAGGGCACACCAGAGGGAGAGCUGGUGUAUGUGAACUAUGGCAGCAUCCAAGACUUCCACAGAUUAGAGCGUGAGAUGGGAAUCAAUUGCUCAGGGAAAAUUGUCAUUGCCAGAUAUGGGAAAAUCUUCCGAGGAAAUAAGGUGAAGAAUGCGGAGCGGGCCGGAGCCAAGGGUGUUAUUUUAUACUCUGACCCUGCUGACUCCUGCGCCCCAGGGGUAGAACCUUACCCGGCUGGCUGGAAUCUCCCUGAAGGAGGAGCCCAGCGUGGAAACGUACUAAUCCUGGAUGGUGCUGGGGAUCCUCUGACCCCUGGGUAUCCAGCUAAAGAGUACACCUACCGCUAUGAUGAAGCACAGACUACAGCCCGCUUAAGCAUUCCUGUCCACCCCAUUGGUUACCACGAUGCUGAGAAACUGUUGAGGGACAUGGGAGGGCGUCCCCCACCAGAUGGCAGCUGGAAGGGAAAUCUCUCUGUGGAUUACAACAUUGGGCCAGGCUUUAGAGGAGAUUCUUCCAAAAGAAAAGUCAAAAUGCACAUCCACAGCCUGAAGAAAGUGACAAGAAUUUACAAUGUGAUUGGCACGAUCCGAGGCGCAACCGAGCCAGACAGGUACGUCAUCCUAGGUGGCCAUCGUGAUUCUUGGGUCUUUGGUGGGAUUGAUCCCAAGAGUGGAGCCGCUGUCGUUCAUGAGAUUGUCAGGAACUUUGGAAAGCUGAAAAAACAAGGAUGGCGACCAAGAAGAACAGUCAUAUUUGCCAGCUGGGAUGCUGAAGAGUUUGGCUUAAUAGGCUCUACAGAAUGGGCUGAGGAAAAUGUCAAAAUACUACAGGAGCGUGGGGUUGCCUAUAUCAACGCUGAUUCCUCUGUAGAAGGCAACUAUACACUUCGAGUGGACUGCACUCCAUUGAUGUUCAGCUUGGUAUACAAUCUGACUAAAGAGAUACCAAGCCCUGAUGAAGGGUUUGAAGGCAAAUCUCUUUAUGACAGCUGGUUUGCAAAAAACCCCUCCACAGACCAUAAAGGCGUCCCCUGGAUCAGCAAGCUGGGUUCCGGCAAUGACUUCGAAGUCUUUUUCCAGAGGUUGGGCAUCGCUUCAGGCAGAGCCCGUUACACAAAAAAUUGGAGAGUUGACAAAUACAGCAGCUACCCUGUUUAUCACAGUGCCUAUGAUACCUAUGAGAUUGUGGAGCGGUUCUACGACCCCACAUUUAAGAACCACCUCGCUGUGGCCCGAGUGCGGGGAGGGCUGGUGUUUGAACUGGCCGACUCGACCAUCCUUCCAUUUGACUGCCGGGAUUACGCAAAGGCGCUGAACCUGUACGCUCAAGUCAUUUACAACAUGACCCUGAAACACCAGGCAGCCCUGAUCGCAUACAGCGUAUCACUUGAUCCCCUUCUUGAUGCAGUGAAGAAUUUUUCGGAAGCUGCCAAUGACUUUCACAAGAGACUGCAACAGCUGGACACCAAUAACCCAAUUGAAGUGAGAUCCUGGAAUGAUCAGCUGAUGUUUUUGGAAAGGGCAUUCAUUGAUCCUCUUGGAUUACCUGGCCGGUCCUUCUAUAGGCACAUCAUCUUUGCACCAAACAACCACAACAAAUAUGCCGGAGUGUCCUUUCCUGGGAUCUACGAUGCUUUGUUUGACAUUGCCAGUGCAGUAGACCAACACAAGGCCUGGGAGGAAGUCAAGAGACAGAUCUCCAUUGCAACCUUCACAGUGGCAGCUGCAGCUGGGACUUUGAAACCAACAGCAUGACUCCAAGAUAUUGGCUGGGCUUGGUGAAGCCCUACUUAGUCUGCCUCUUCAUGCCCCUAAAAUGGCCAUAAAUUAAGUUCCUUCCUGGAAAUUCAAUACUUCAGUUAAGCUCCUUUGUCUGAAGACAACACACCUCUGACAGGAGAAAGCUGAACAGUGCAAAAGGGAAAAAGAGAAAGUUGAUGGUCACUUUCUCCCCAAAUUCCUCAGGCUCCUCAAACAUGACAGUAAUAAUAACAUUGGGAAUCUCUGGACCAGCACUAAUUUUCCCCCUGUAAGCUCAGGCAUCCUGCUGACCUGUAUUAUUCUUCCUGGCAGAUGUUUACACCGUGAAUGUUAAAAGUUAAACCAACCUCUUACUGAUUGAGAAAAGGACUACACAGAUUUAUUAACUAAUGACUGGCCAUGCUUAAUAUUAAAAGUCUGGCUUUAACAGUUGAAAAGGAACAAAACCUCAUCUUCCCACCCAUCCCUACCUGACUAAACAAACAAAUAAAUAACCCACUGGGGUCAUUAGGAAUGGAAGCAAAUUUAGUUCACAUCUCAGCCACGUCUCCAAGUGCAUCCUUUUAGUGGCCUCCCCUGCAGGGCAAAAUGCACCUCACACCUUACUGACAGUUUCUUCUGGCUUCUGUAGAUGGAGGUGUGCAGUGUAUUUCUGUUGUACGUAGAACAUGCAGCCCCUGUUGUUGCAUGGGCCUUCCCUCUGGGCACAGCCUACCUGCCACACUGAGGAACAAUUCACUCCUGCAAGGAAGGUGAAUGCAACCCCUCCCAAGACAAGCUGAUCACCCUACCCAGGCCAGAUGGUCCAGCCACCAACAAGUGUGCCCAGCAUUUGUGGGUCCCUCAUCGGGAAUCGAGCCCCAUGGGCUGAGUAAGUGGCACCCCUCAUACUUUUGUCCCAUAGUUCUGCCUUGCUUGGAUUAAGUUGUCUCGUCCCAUUCAGUCCAUCAGAAUUAACAAACCAGUUCAAGAGUUCCACCACUUCCCUUUGACUGGAUGAAAAUGAGAGACAGGUGCAUGAUGUAUCUACUUGUUUCUCAGGGAUGCAGAACCUUAGGCUGGGGGAUCAAAUCCAGCCUUCCUGGGAUCUCAACCCAGCUUUCCAAAGCUCUUCAGAUAUCCACAUCCUGUCCCCUUGGCCCAAUGCCUUGGGGGUCUCCUUCCUUUUGUGCAGUUUUUCCCCAUUGUAAAAAGUUGAAAAGCCUCGCCUAAGACAUAGUUACCAGCAGUGAGGGCCUUAGGUGAAAAGAUGCUGUGAUGUUUGGCAGUUUGGUUCUCCUUUUUGCCUUCAGCCCCAGAGGGACAGAGCAUCAAAGUCCCAGCUUUGCCCUUUCACUGGGACAGACACGUGGAGUCUUUGCAACUGAAGUUACCACAUCACUGAACUUCUCUUCUGUGUUACGAGCACCACGUCAGCCAUCCAAACCAUCCACAAAGAGUGACAGCAUUGGAAGCUCCCUGGCAGUACAAAAAUAACUCAUUAACUCUCUCUGCUUCAGUUUGCCCUUCUCCUUCCUGGCUAUGGACCUCCUGCUGAUUUUGAAGAUGUGACAAGAAUUGGAGCAACCUUGGAGAAUUGGUCCUACCAGCCAUGUUUUAUCAUGGAGGCUGCUUGAAAAUCAGCUUUUUCUUUUUAAAUCAACAGUGCCUAACUAUCUAAAAGAGAGCUUUAUGAGGGCUGGAGUCAGCUACCUGAACACUUACAUCACAUUUAUAUUCUUAUUAAAAUGGGUUACUUUCAGCUCAUGUUGGCAGAAUUCCAUCUUGGUCAAUGCCUUGGGUGAGAUUUGCUGAAGCUGGUUUGGAUGGAAGUUUCAGGAACAUUUCAGGUGUCACUUCUCAGCCACAACAACACCUAAUAACAAACAGAUUAUAACAGCUAAUCUUUGAUGAGGCAUUAAGAGAUCAGGAGGGUGUUUGAAAUAAUGGAUGCUGCUUAGACAUUUUAAUCCAAGUCUGAGCUGGGCUGAAAUCACUGUCUCCUGGAAUGAGGAGAAGAACAGGAAGAAGAGAAUGGGUGAAGAAUCGACCUUCUCUGAGCAAGGAGCAGAUCCAGAGGCAGCAAUACAGUGGGGUUUCAUUUCCUUUGGAUGAAAAAGCACGUGGAUCCUGCCUUAAAAAAAACAUACUCAAAAUAAAAACUCAAAAAAGGUGAUCGGUUCUCUUUGUUGACAUUUGAAUUGAUUCUUUUUCAAUGAUGAGGCAACAAAGUGGAUUUUCAAACCAUUUGGACUAAUUGCAUUGACUCUGUUUAUAUUGUAAUGUUGUAUUUUAGAUUAUUUUUCUCUAAUUUUUAUUUGUAUUCCACUUUUAUUCAUGCAUGAAAUAGCAUCAAUGUUAUGGAUUUAUCUAGAA